AUCGAUAAAUACAUCAAAUGAACUUCCUGGAGACUGCACAUUCCAGAUAGGGAAGCAAAUAACUUACCCAUAACAUAAGCAAAAGCGGAGCUGUGUAGAUGGUGUCCACAUCUUCUGUACUACCCAUCAAUGGAAAUAUCCUCAUCUCCUGUCAAUACUCAUCUCUUUCCCUCAAUCUUCAUCGCCCUGCAACUAUCCUCAAGUGGGGAUUUGGAAGAGAUAGAGACAACAACUCAGCUUCCAGUAGAACCAAGAGACAAGCUUUCCGGAUCUUGGCAAAUCCUAAUGUGUCAGGGAAAGGAGAUUCAAAAAGAGAGAUAAUCAUGGUUGAUCCUUUGGAAGCUAAGCGAUUAGCUGCCAAACAGAUGCAAGAAAUUCAAGCUAAAGAGAGAAUUAAGAGACGACGUCUAAUUGAAGCAAUUAAUGGUGCGUGGGCAAUGAUUGGUCUCACAGCAGGCUUGGUCAUUGAAGGUCAGACAGGGAAAAGUAUACUGGAUCAGUUGGCUGGAUAUUGGUUUGCCAUUAUCCAUCUUUUUGUGCGAUAGACGGCUUUGAAAGAUAAAUUGUGCAGUUGCAGAUUCUUUUAUGAAGCAUUCUUUCAAAAUUAACAUUGUAUUGUUUUUAGCUAUUGUUGCUUCAGCAGGUAGCAAAUGCAGCAACAUUUUACUUUGUUAAAUGUAUUCAGCAUUUUGAAUUGACCUGUUCAUAAUAUUGUAUUACCUCUUCUUGAGGUUUUUAGCUUGUUCUUCAAAAUGUCACUGGAUUUCUUGGCAUUGAAGGAGAAGAAUUCAUUAUUCUCUUUAUUCUAUCUAUAUUUUGUUUUGGAAUGAAUUCAUUUUAUGUGACAA